GUGCUAAAGCAAAGUAUGCCACUUCAUGUGGAUCCUCGAAAACACGAACUUCUAGAAGCACGGAUUCAAGGUUCUAACCACUUCAAUCGAGCCAAUACUAGCACAGACUCUAGAAGCGAGCUAGGUUCUUCUGGCCACUUGCAAUGUACAACAGAAGAUAGUUCGGAAACUGCUGACGCCACGCCUGUCCUGGGAAAGUUAGAUCCUUCAAGCCCAGCUGGUGGGACCGGCUGCGAUAACGACAAUGGACUAUCCUGUAUUGUUGAUCCGUCUUUGGCCUCUGAUCGAAUACCUAUCGUCGAUCAGACUAUAGGUUCCACUUUUGUUCCUGAGCAAGGGAAAGAUAUUCGAGAGUCCACUGACCAUCUCGGUCUACAGCUACUACCAAACUCAGACGCGAAAACACCUUUAGACCAAAUUCACGUUCCCACAACACCUAAACGUUCUAUCUCUGGGAUGGACUCUUACAGUGACCUGGCCGGAGUAGGUUGUGCCGGAUGUAUUGAUGAUUUAAACUCUCCUGUUGGUAUGGACUCCCGUGUUAAUGAGUUGGCCAAUAAUACAGCUGGUCAUUCCUGCAUACAGCCUGUCCAUAUGACAUCUCCGCAGUACGUACAUUACACCUCUCGGUCUAAUUCCGAACAAAUGCAAUUACUGACUGGUUCGAGUAACAGUCCAACCAAGUCCAAUCCUGGAGCGAGUGAUAGAUCCGCUGCCGUUAUCUCUGGACCACAGUUGUUGGUGCCUCCUAUUUCUAGCGGGUAUUUUGCAGCAGAUCAAAGCUGCUCUCCAUCUGUACGAUCGAACAACCUCUCGUUUGUCGGUACUCCUGAUCCACAAGCUCCGAAAGGCAGUGGGAAGAAACGGAGACGACCUGUUACGUUCGAAGACACACCCGGUCAGCGGUCACGAAAGUCUACAUGCCAGGAUCGUGGUUCUAAACGGAUUGACGAACUUUUCAAGUCUCCAACUACUGAACAUUCUAUGGAUCCAUUAAACUUGCCCAAUCCUGGCUACAUCCCAUCGCUAAACGAAGCGAUCAGCACUAGCUGUGGCAGUGUUGAUCAUGGUCUACACGCCCUCAACACUACCCCUAUGACCUUUCAACUUUCGCCUGUCAGACCGAACAAUGCUACCAGUCUAAGUGAUAGUUCAGGCGAGAUCCCAGUCUGCUUGAGCAACCCAAACAGCAUAAAUCCCGCAGUAUCCUCCAUCCCUCCUAGCACUGCGGUCGUUGCCACCUCAUUGCCACCCACGUUCGUAUCUUCUAGUAAUAACCGUGUUCCCGCUAUUGGCACGUCCUGUGGCUCCUUCGUGAGUCAGGUUCCAUUUUACCCCCAUCCCCCUUCGAACAGCCUCGGGACUGCUCCGGCUGUUUCAUCCUCUAACUUUCCCAUCUCGUCAAACUCCACUCAGUGCGCUUGCAAAUCAUCUUAUCGAUCACACACUGCUGUUCAGACAGAAGAUUUGCUCCCGUUCCCCCACUCCUCAGAGUGUACUGAUGAUUCCGUUGUAUCUGUCACUACUUCCCCGGUUAAAGCAAGUUUGGUUCCCGGUGCACCAGCCUCCACGAUGAACGCGACCAUAGAGACUCUGCAACGAAAAAUGGCUGAUCUGGAACAUGAGUUGACCUUCCAGCGUGAGACUGUGGCUAAGUUACAGGAAAGCGGUUUGCGUUCCCGAGAAGUCAUACGCGAGCUUCUCAUCGACAAGAGUACACUGGAACGCAAGACAACCCGGCAGAAGGUGAUGGAGGAUCGACUACGUCUUGGCCAGUUCAUCACACAACGACAGGGCGCACAUUUUGAGGAAAAAUGGGUGGAAGGAUCGCGUUUCAGGGAGCUCGAACAGCGACGCAAAAAUAUCGAGCUUGUCCGGGAAGAAAUUGAACGAAAGAAGAAACAGUGGAACAAACGAAAACCGACGAUAGGCGAUGGAAAGAAGAACCCCAAAUCUAGGGGCGAUGAAGUUUCCGUAGAUGAAUUUUACGAACAAUUGGAGAUCUAUGAUUUACGAAAGCAAAUGCUCGUCAAAGAGGAUAAAGAGAUUCAACUUGAACUGGAACGUCUUGACCGAGAGCGGAAUCUGCAUAUACGUGAGAUCAAACGCAUUGCGAACGAGGACGCAUCCCGUUUCAAGGACCAUCCACUUCUGAACGAACGAUACCUGCUCCUCAAUCUGCUUGGGAAGGGUGGCUUCUCCGAGGUCCAUAAGGGAUUCGACCUCGUCGAGAAUCGGUAUGUCGCCUGCAAAGUACAUCAGUUGAACCCUGCUUGGCCAAAGGAUAAGAAAGAUAAUUAUAUCAAACAUGCCUUGCGCGAAAUAAAUAUUCACAAAACCCUGAAUCAUCCCCGGAUCGUCAAGGUUUUUGAUGUGUUCGAUAUCGACCACGAUGCUUUUUGCACCGUUUUGGAGUACAGUGAGGGCAACGAUCUGGAUUUCUUCCUGAAGCAGAACAAAAGUAUACCGGAGCGGGAAGCCAAGUCUAUUAUAUGCCAAGUUGUUUCAGCAUUGAAAUACUUGAACGAAAGGAAACCCCCUGUGAUCCACUACGAUUUGAAACCAGGCAAUAUUCUGCUUGGUUCUGGGCAAGUUGCUGGGGAGAUUAAGAUCACAGAUUUUGGACUAAGCAAACUGAUGACCGAGGAUGAGUAUAAUCCGGAGACUGGCAUGGAUCUAACGUCUCAGGGAGCUGGAACAUACUGGUAUCUUCCCCCGGAAUGUUUCGAAACCGGUCGGGAGCCACCCAAGAUCUCAUCCAAAGUAGAUAUCUGGUCCGUUGGCGUCAUAUUUUUCCAGUGUCUCUUCGGAAAGAAGCCUUUUGGACAUAAUAUGUCGCAAGCUGAUAUCCUCCACGAGAACACAAUUUUACAUGCUCGGAACAUUGUGUUUCCUUCGACUACAAAAGUUAGCGAUGGUGCAAAAGAAUUCAUCCGCAAAUGUUGUACCUACCGAAAGGAGCUCCGACCGGAUGUCUUUCAGUUGUGUAAUGAUGACUAUCUGAAACCAAAAGCUCAGUUAAAGCACAAUCUGGACACUUCUACUUUACCUGGACCUGUUGGCAACCCCCCGACGUCGUGUCUGUUAUCUUCAUACUCCUCGGGGAACUUGGCCUCGUUGACCCCUUCCUCUCCAAAUCAACAGAUGCUCUCGCCCUUUCCCCUGAACCAGAACCCGCAACAACAACAGAUGCAACAAGCCCUGGCGUGUCCAUCUUUACAACCUCUCACACUCCCUCCCAACUGAUCUGCGCCACAACCGUUGCCUUUGUCCAGCCCAUUCCAUUGCUACUGUGGCUCCCCAUGCUGAUACUUUCCUACAUGGACGCGUUCGGUCCACAAACGCAACUGCCUGUCUUGUUGGAGAAUGAGGGAAAAGUUGUCACCGUCAUUCUCAUAUCCUAUUGCUCACCCAUGUUGGCCGUCCUCGGGUGAGUACUCAGAGUGGUUGUCUCUUCAAAGACCGUCAUGAAGAUUUGUGACAAUCAGCUUCUGUACGAGCAGUCAGCCUCCGAUGUAUAUUCUCCUCAAUAUUGGUUGCAUUCCGAUUGAGGGCAAACGUGUCUUUUUUCAGCUUUUCUUACGUGAACCACUGUCGCGUGGUUCCUGGUGUUUUCUUGCUCCUCAUUGUGUAUAAUAGAACUUAAACUUGUCUUCAUUCCCCCCUAAUUCCGGCGAACAAAAGUCUCAUCUUGCGGAGACUUCAGUUCUCCGGUUUGUGAGAUGAUGUGCCACGUCAAUUUUUUUAAAAUCCUUCUGUUCGUGGUCUGCUGCAUUUGCGUCCAUAUCAAAUCCAACUAGUUUUAUUCUGGUCGCCAGCAUGUGAAAUCUAGCCCGUUGACAACGACGACGCACUGGCCUUCCCACCUCCCCCCUCAACAGCAAUCACAUUAAUUCUACUCCGUAGACACUUUCCGGCUGGUUAGUGUAUUGUCCCUCCCCUUGGCAACAUUCUGUGCUCUUCCGCUCAGAGCAGCGAUCUGCUUCAAGAAUACACGACUUUGCGUAUUCUUUAUUGUCUUUCUCACAGUUUCCCUUCCGUUUGUUUGUCCUGAUCCGACUCACCCAUUCACGUGUAGGUCAAUUUUGG